AUGGCCGGCGGGGAAGGAGCGGGCUCCGGCGUGCCCGAGUGCCGGGAGCAUCUCUUCAAGGUGCUGGUGAUCGGGGAGCUGGGCGUGGGUAAAACCAGCAUUAUCAAGCGGUACGUGCACCAGCUCUUCUCCCAGCACUACCGGGCCACUAUCGGGGUGGAUUUCGCGCUCAAAGUCAUCAACUGGGACAGCAAGACCCUGGUGCGGCUGCAGCUCUGGGAUAUAGCAGGCCAGGAGCGUUUUGGAAAUAUGACCAGAGUGUACUACAAAGAGGCAGUUGGUGCUUUUGUGGUCUUUGAUGUCACAAGAGGCUCCACUUUCGAGGCUGUUUCAAAAUGGAAGCAUGAUCUGGACAGUAAAGUACUACUUCCUAAUGGUAGCCCCAUCCCUGCUGUUCUUCUUGCAAACAAGUGUGACCAGAAGAAAGAUGGCAGCCAGAAUCCCUCUCAAAUGGACCAGUUCUGCAGAGAAGGUGGCUUUGUUGGAUGGUUUGAAACCUCUGCCAAGGACAACAUCAACAUAGACGAAGCUGCUCGAUUCUUGGUGGAAAACAUCCUUGCCAACUACAAAACCUUUCCUAAUGAAGAGAAUGAUGUGGGGAAACCAAAACUGGACCUAGACCCGUUGAAAGCAGAGAGUAAAUCACAGUGCUGCUAAUG